GUUCAAGAACCUUCAUUGAUAACACUAUUUCCUGAAUUACCAGCCCUUGGUCCUUUGUAAGUACAAAAACCGUAUGUUUACGAAAAGUUAGGGUGGCUAAGAACCCUUACUAAAAGUAUACCACUUCUUCUUGAUCUUGAUUAUUGUGGGUCGCGGAAAAACAAACAGGAGUUUACGUCAAGGUUAAAAAAAAAUCUUUAGAGACGGAAAUCUUUUACACUUGCAGGGAAGGAGUUCUUCAAACUUCAAAGUCGAUUCAAUCGAUCAUGAAGUCAACACGUGGGUAGAUCAAAACACAAACUGUUCUAACUGAGGUCAGAAUUCAUUGAAAUCUUGAUUCCUCAAAAAAAAAAAUGUAGUAGAAAAAGAGAAUAGCUUUCAUUGUUUAGUGUGGAUGCGGGGUGAAUCGGGUAUUGAAUACGAAUGACGAAAAGUACUUUCCACAAUUCUUAUUACUGUGCUUAACAUUUCAAAUUUCUCUGAUAAAUCUUUUCUUUUGUUCAAUGUGACGUAACAGUUGCGCUUGUUGUCUAUGCCGAUAUUUGUACGUGAUCUGGAUUGAACAACUGAAGGGUUAGCGAUUUCUCAAUCCAGCUGAUCCAUUUCGUUUUUUUUUUCUAAUUAACAUUCAAAAAGUGCUUCUAACUUACGAUGGAGACGUGAUAGUAAACAGGAAGGUCCGCCAAAGAAAUCUUUAAUUCUCACUUGGCAGAAAAAUCCAUUAGAAGUAAAAAUUUCCCUUUUUCCUGAAUGUCUAAUGAAGAAAUAUUAUAUUAACAAUACAAACACUUCACACAAGGACUAGAAAUGUAUUUUUUAGCGGACUGGUUUUAUAUACAGUCUUGAGCUUCUUUUGAAUUACAGCUGUAGUGAUUUAUAUUGUUGGCAUGGUAAAAAGGAAGUUUAAAGUAAAGAGGUAAGUAGUUAUAUUACCUAUUAACCAUUAACUAGAACUCUGGAACUUCUCGACCGCGGUCGGCGGGUCAUUGAUCACAUAGAGAAUCGCCCACUCAUCAUUGUACUGAUAAGAAAGCCGAACAUUCCUUCCACAUAACAUUUUUCGCUUGCUUACAAGGACGCUUAAUCAGUAAAUACGAACCAUUUUUUUUUUUUUUUACUGAAGACUCGUUCUUAUUUUCUCUGGGGUAAGGACUUUCCGCAGAUCUUACACGAUUUGUUGACCGUGUUGCAAUGUCAAAAUAUUUGCUUCUAGCUUUCUUCCAAUACAGAGAUAGUGGGCUUGCUAAAAGCAUCAUUAAAAUAGCUGUCGUUUGAUGCUUCUAUCUGGCAAUUAGCACUUACAGUCAACAACUGACACUUAAACUGGCUUUUGUUACUUGUAUUACUAUAUUUUCGAACAUGUUAAACAGCUCCAUUAUUUCACUCCAAUCCAAACAAUAUGGCACUAUUUCACCACGUGGUGCAUUGAUCACUUUUUCACCCAGCUUAUCCGGCUUUAAGAGAAAAUUGUCAGCUUUAUUGAACAUGGAGAUGGAACCAUAUUGGCAGCGCAUUCAAAUUCGUUAAGUGUUUCUCUCUCACAGUUGUAAUAUUAAGGCACAAAUGUGUAAACAACCAACAUUUUGAACUAAGCGUUGGAAAGAAAUUAUAUAAUAUUUUAUGACACGAGUGGAAAAUAAUUGAUACGUGCCAACAAGGCGGUACAGUGGUCCAUCACACAGGCGGAGUUCGGAUAGUGACGUCAUAACGCAGUUUUCACCUGUCAGGUUGCCUUUCAAAAAGUUGUGAAAGGAAAUCCUAGCGUGCUGAGCAUUCAGUGAGGCGUAUAUAUCUAUGCAGAAAGAGAGUAAAAUAGCCAGACGCAUCUCCGUGCACUCUGGUUUAUUGAUUAAGAACGCCAUCACUUCACCUAAAAUCUUUUAAGGCAUUUGGUGGCGGCCGGCGCCAGGCACAAGGUCUCUGACACAGGUACUAGCUUAUUUUCUUGUUUUAAGAUUCAGAAUGAGAAAAGUUUAAUUGAAAUGGGAAGAGGCUCUCAGGAUUAACCUCUUGUUUAUGAUCACCAGGAAACAAACUUUUCGUUUUCAUCUUUAUGGUAAUCUCACCCUGAACAAAGCAAAAUUGGUAUUUCAAUUUUAUUCAUCUACAGCGUGUAACUUUGGCUGAAUAUUUUUUUCAGUAACUUUGUUAUCGUUCAUAUGCAUUCUAUAUUUAACCCCUUAAUAAGCGUAAUCAAAAAUGAAGGUUACGAGGAAUAUCUUCUCAAAGUCGUGUCUCUUUUCUCCUUGUGUAAUUAUUAUCCCGCGACUACUGAAAUUUGAUUUGUUCCACAUAGAUUUCGUCUUGUUUGUCAGAGGGUCGAGAGAUUUGCUUUUGUAUUCACGUAAUGGAAGAUUUUACUUCAAUCUUACCAGUGGGUUUUUAAGCUUUAAAACAAUGCGAAUUUCCAUUGAAGCACCAUGAAACAAUAAUAUUGCCUAUCUGUCAGUGGUCUCAUACGUCAAGUGGUAUUAAAACCUUUUAGUUUCCCAGAUGCCAAGAUUAUUUUUUCGGUGGAGUUGCAUUUCAUUACUGCUGAAAAGAUCAAAGACUGAAGUCCGACCUCAGUUUUAAAUUUGGACUUCUUUUCGGUUUUUCAUUGUGAUUUUUAAUACAGUAGACUAGAAUUUGUGACAAAGGAUGUCAGGAAAUUGUUUUCCUGUUGACGUUUAGUAUACUUCCUAGCCAGAAUUAAUCAUUUAUUCGAUUUCUUGGAGAACAAUCCUUGGCCGGCGUCUUUUAUUCAUUCGACAGUAAAUCCCCGAAAAUUAGAAAAUCCCUUAAUUACGUAGAAUUGUAGAGCGUAGGUUUUGGUAAGUCAAGAUAAAUAAACUCAUUCAUCCUUCAAAUUUCUCGCCAGUAACGGGACUCGCCUUUAACGAUACUCUGCAUAGUGCAGGCUACGACAAAAUUACUGGCUAUAUCAUUUACAAACUUAUACCGAGCAGAUGUACUGAUCUAGUUGUUGGGGCCUUUACAACUGGCUCUUUAAAUCAGUCUGAAGUUGCAUACUAAAACUAAAAAACCGAACGUGAUUAGUUGAACGUUUGAGGCUGAUGACCUUCCAAAGUAAAGAUAAUCAAGGCUCUUAUUGGCUCUUAUAUGAUUAAGCCUACUUCCUUCAUUUCAGGGCUCAUCUGAGUGCAACUCGAAGCAAACCUGUUAAGCUUGAAGAUCUGGUCGUUUCAUUUACAACUUCUCUUGCUAUAAGGAAUAGAAAGACACUCGGUGAUUCAACUGGAGUCACCUCAACUUCUGUGGUUCCAGCAGAAAUAGUCCUGUAUUUUGGUGGGUCGCAACUACAGCUCCUAGGGAAACACUUAAAACAACCAGCAAACGGCUAAUUGCGUGAUCUUGCUCAGUUUGACAAGGAUACGGGAAAAUGAAUUACUUUCUGAACAGCACUCCACUUGAGACAAAUUUAACCGCCAAUUUUACUGGAUAUAAACAUUCAGACACCAAUAGUAGUGCCAGUUUAAGCGCCGUCGUGGGAUUGUCUAUCGCAAACAUAUUGGCGAUUUUCUUCGGAACACUGGGAAACUCUCUGGUCAUAGUAUCGAUAAUCAUCAAUCGAGGCAUGCGUUCAACAACUAACAUUUUCAUAGCAUCGCUGGCUGGUGCAGAUGUCAUAGUCACUUCUACUUGCAUGCCGUUGUUUUUUGUGUACAAUGUUUUAACCUGGCCAGCGUGGCCUUACGGAAAGACAGGCUGUAGGAUUUUGUCGUUUUUGGUGCAUAUGUCAGUAAUGGCGUCGGCAUUAAGUUUGUUAGCCAUAUCAUAUGACCGCUUCUUGUCAGUUUUUUUCCCGAUGAAGCGAUUCAUCACCCCUCCCCGAGCCAAAAAGAUUGUUGGUGUCAUUUGGUUUGUGUCGCCGUUUCUUCUCCUUCCUUCAUUGUUCCAUCAUGACGUCGUUUCAAAAGGAAAAAAAGUAGCCAAAUGCGAGGAAUCCUGGAGCAGUUCCAAAGCUUUGCAUCUAUACCAAAUGUACCGGAUAUCAUGUUACUUUCUUUUUCUUCUACAGAUAUCAGUUCUCUAUUUUUUAAUUGGACACCGUUUAUACACACGUCAGCAACCCGGCGAACAAACAUCCCAAAGUAAAGCAAAAGAUUUGCUGAACAAACGUAAAAUAAUUAAAAUGCUAUUUUUGGUGGUGGCGUUAUUUGCUUUGUGUUGGCUGCCUUACAUGAUCAACAAACUUUUGAACAUUUUUCCUCCAAGACCGGGUUAUGUUGCGCCAGACUUGUUUGUUUUUGUCGGAAAUUUUUUGGGGCUGCUAAACAGCGUCGCAAACCCAGUGGUUUAUGCCGUGCUUAACACAAAAUUUAGAAAGGCAUUUAAAAACGCUUUGCGAUGCAACUGUAAUUAUGAACUUGAAGACCGGCGGCGGAAUGCAAGUAUUGUUAGCAAACAAACACAACGAAGACAAUCGGAAAGCAUCACACUGGACCGAGUCCACAGAAACUCAAUCUCAGUCUCAGAUAAUCAAGUGGUCAGUUUUGGCAGAGUGGGCACGGAAAAGACUAUGGCUGAAGUCAAGUGUUUAUCGUUUACAAGUAUUGAACAGGAAGCCAUCUUCGAAUUGUCAAAAUUUCCCACUUGCUCUCAAAGUCGGGGGUUUUCAGGACGUAAUCCAGAGAAACGACGAGUUAGCUUUGGAGGUGAAUUGUUUAGUUCUUUAGAAAAGAAAAAUCUCGAGGCAUUAACCAUCAAAAACGGAAGUUUUAACUUGAUGAAUGAGACAGGUAACUGUGUUAAUAAAGAAGAACAAGCUAGACAUAGAUGCGACAUUGAUAUGAGUAAUCUGUCACCUAUACAGGAAAAAGGACACAUAAACGUCAGUUUUGAACCAGAUAGUCAUCCCACCUGAUCGGUUUCACUUCGUGGCUCCUUACAUGAACAGCCAGUAGAUUGCCUCAGAUGCCUAUUCUAAGAACGCAGAGUAACUUGAAAAAAUCCUUGUAAAGUAAAGUAAUGUAAUGUAAAGUAAGGAAACAAACAUAUCCUGCGAAUAAAUAAAGCACAAGUCUUGCUAAAUGAUAAUAUUUAAGUCAAGCAUCCACGCAAACAGGAUGUCAUAUCACGCUUGAACUGAUUAAUAUUCCAAAGGAAAGAAAAGCAUACAUAGAGGAUAUUACACGGUGACGAAAAGAUUCUAGUGGCAAGAACAUUAUCUCACGAGUGAGCGCAACAAACAAGUGAGAUAAUGAUCUUCCCCCGAGAUUGUUACUUUUAAGUGUUCUCUAUUACGAUUUUACGAACAAUCAAACAUGUCUCUUGUUCUGUAGCAAUAGCUAAAUGCUCUGUUAUCUUGAAUCACGUUUUAAACGCACGCUUUUAUCGCAUAUUUGAUCACGUGAUACAUUUAGACUGAUCGCACGCGAGCAAAAUAUUCGAGGAAUUAUUAAUAUAACUGGUUCUACAGACAAAGCUUCUUUGUCUACGUACAGUUAGGUUUAUAAAUUCGUGUAUACUCCUACUGUGUAGCUGCAGAAUUUUUCGAGUUUUAAGUUUUGCAGAUUCUUCGGACAGUCCUUGAUCCGCCAAAUAUAUAAUGUGUAACAGCAAAGAAAAAAACACGAAAUCAUGAGAUACCUUACGAUUUAUGAUUCCUACAUCGAGUGAAUCAGAAUCUUCGCAUGGAAAUCAAGGGUCAAAUCGUUUGCUGUAGAGCUCCCUGCUAUUUAGCUUGACUACAUGGUAGAGAAGUUUG